AUGGGGAAAAAAUCAAAUCUCUUUAUACCGCCAAAAAAAACUUUAGACGAAGAUCCUCAUACUGAUGUAUUACUCACUGUUAAAAAUACCACUGAACAGAAAGAAUUUAAAGAAAACCAAGUGUAUCCUGAAACCAUAGAACAAUAGAAGAAGAAAAUCCAAAAUUUUACUACUCAAAAUUCAGUGAAAAACAGCAUUGUUUAUUUGAUCUUCAGGAGCCAGGUCUCCUAAUUAUUAGCGGUUAUUUUUGGAUAGGAGCAAGUCUAAAUGGUAAUAGAAAAUCUCAGUGUUGUGACCCUACAGAAAUAGGGAUAAAUUAUCCAUUUUUAAGGAAGGACCUUGACUCUAAAAUUGCUUUCCUGCUACCAACUGUUGAUGGAAAAAAAGAUGAAAAUGGGAAUUUUUUCUCAACAAAAAUCAUCUACAUUAUUUCCAAGUUCAGACUGGCAUGGCAGUUUUGGGUUUAAAAACUUGUGACUUUGUUACCUAUACAAGUAAAGGAAUAUUUAUUGUUACUAUUAAUAUUAGCGAUAAGUUUUGGGCAACUGUUGUAGCAACAGUUUGCAAGUUUUAUUGUCAGCAAGUAGUUCCUUCCUAA